AUGUUGUAUCGUGCCACGCGAUGGAAGCUUUCCAGCCAGGACCUCCUGGCCUUCAAACAAGGCAUGGUUUCACUAUCAAGACGUCGGACAUUCACAAAACGACUAGUAAAAGUGGAUAUCCCAGUACCAAUAGUAGACCAAAGAGAGGUGGCGUUUUGCUAUUUCACUCAAAUAGCUUCAAUUGAUCUGAAAAGGAAGAAUAAAUGGGGAUACCACCUAAUACAUCAGAAGAGGAAUAACUUUUUAGCUUGGCUAGGUAUGCGGGCUAAUGAUUCAUCUGCUACCGUAGUGUCUGAAGUCAGUGCAUCGACUGAAAUCAGUGCCUCGACAAAAUAUACGACUCCAAAUAGAUUGUUAAUAGUCAGUAAUGAAAACGUGUCAAAGAUAAACGAACGGAUGAAAAUACUGGAGACUACUGGAGAUUUGGAACUGUGUAAGUCUUUGCCGUCGAACAAUUUUCGACAGAUGACUAAAAUUAUUGGCAUAAGAUUUCUUUUCAAUAUGCGUUUGCUGGUGGGUCAGCAGGUUACCUCUAUAUACUAA